CUAUAUAUAGAGGCUGGAAUCGGUUCAACUCAAUUAAAUCACCACAAACAGGAGGCAACAGUCUGCGGGUGAGUCCUCUAGUUAUUAGACGAUCUUUGUAGAGUUCUGCGCUGACAUUUUCCUCUCGAGUGAGUCCUCUUUGUAACAGACGAUCUUCGGAGCAACACAUCAGCUGUCAGGGUGAAUCCAAAUCUCGCCGGUGUUCCUUCUACCUCCACUGCGGUCUCUUCUCUUCACAUUUAAUCUCCCCCUCGGAUGUUUUUUUUUUUUGCGGGGAUGCGAAACAUGUUCUGAUUCACCCUGCAAGCGAUGAAUGACCCGAGCGCCGCCGCCGCCGAGGGGACCGGGCCGGCGGAGGUACUGUUGACGUCGGGCUGCCGAGUCCCGCUGGUCGGAGGAUGGAGACGAGGCUGAGCGGGGGUGGCAAGCCGUCCGUGUCCCGGUUCCUCGGCCCUGUCCUCGUCUUCUCCGUCCUGGCUGUGUCAGUGAGUUGCCAUGGACCGUGCAAACACCGGGUCCCGCCUCCCGAAGAGGUCGUCCAUCACGUGCACUUGAAGCCUGAGCGCCUGACGAAGAGAAGCUUCCCCGACAACCUUCAGCUGAAGAUCAAGAUCAUCUACGACUACAGUGUUGACCAGCUUCCUGCAGACAAAAGGAGACUAGUGAAGGAUAAGCUGUUUCCUCCGGCCAUCGACUACCUGCAGAGGGCCUUCAGUGUGAGGCGCAGGGUGGGGCCCGUGCUGCUCAGCAGGUUUGUGUGUCUGUCUGUCUGUCUGUCUGUCUGUGACCCAUCGCAAAGUUUCAGGCUACAGCUACACAACUCAUACUCAGUGGGACUCUUUAAGAAACCUUUACCAUCCUGCAGUUACUCUAAGACAGGGAUCUUCAACAGGGGACCGAUAGCCGGCUACGCCAACCUGUGUCCGGCUAUGAUCUCCUCUCAGCCUCAGGAGUUUGAAGGGAUGCUCUCCACCGUCAAACAUGAGAUCAUCCACGCUCUGGGGUUCUCAGCGGGUCUGUUUGCCUUCUACCACGAUGAUGACGGUAACCCUCUGACUCCUCGCUUCGCCAGCGGCCUGCCGGCCUUCAACGAGACCCUGGGUCUGUACCAGUGGAGCGAGGCUGUGAUCCGGCCAGUCGUCCGGCUGUGGGACAUCAGGGGAGGACUGAUGGUGCGACACCAGGUGCACGUCCUGGUCACCCCCCGAGUCGUGGACGAGGCCCGGAGACAUUUUAACUGUCCCAUCCUGGAGGGGAUGGAGCUGGAGAACCAGGGCGGGACGGGGACCGAGCUCAACCACUGGGAGAAGAGACUGCUGGAGAACGAGGCGAUGACGGGCUCCCACACCCAGAACCGGGUGUUCUCGCGGCUGACGCUGGCCAUCAUGGAGGACAGCGGCUGGUACCGGGCCAACUACAGCCUGGCUCAGCGGCUGGACUGGGGCCGCGGCCUCGGCUGCGACUUCGUCAUGAAGAGCUGCAAGUUCUGGAUGGACCGGCAGAGGCAGAGGCGUCACUCUGUGACUCCGUACUGCGACACGGUGCGAGCGUCUCCGCUGCAGCUGACCUGUAGACAGGACCAGCUGGCCGUGGCCGUCUGCAACCUGCAGAAAUACCAGCAGGAGCUACCACUCCAGUACCAGUACUUUGACAGCGUCCCCGGCGUCUCCUCCGAUCAGCUGGCGAUGUUCGGCGGCGCCGUGGAGAUCGCCGACUUCUGUCCGUUCAGUCAGGAGUUCAGCUGGCACCUGAGUGGAGAGUACCAGAGGAACUCGUACUGCCGCGAGGCCCACAACCAGCCAGACUGGUGGAGGAACUACGGAGCGGAGCAGUAUGGACCAGACUCUGUGUGUCUGCACCAGAAGUCGGCCUUCGUCAUGGAGCAGUGCACCAGGAAGAUGACCUACCCCGACUGGGGCUCCGGCUGCUACAAGGUGUGGUGCUCUGCCGGUGGCCUGACUGUGUUCGUCCAGGACCGGUCCUUCCUGUGUGUGCGUACGGGUCAGCAGCUGAGAGUGAGCGUGCGGGUCAGCGACUGGGUCUACAACGGGGUCCUGGUCUGCCCCGCCUGCUCAGACUUCUGCGACGACUGCCCCCCUCCGCACCAGCUGUUGCCCGGCAACGCCACACGGAGUUCCCCCAUUGACCCCUGCUCCAGCUCUCCAGGUCUGGCCAUCACUCUGUGGCUGCUGCUGCUCAACCUGCUCCCCCUGGUGGCCGGACUGCUGCUCUGCCACUGCAGCUGAUAUCACACACACACACACACACACACACACACACACACACACACACACACACACACACACACACACACACACACA